AUGUCUUCUUCUUCUCAAUUACAAGAGGAAGAUCCAACAAGGUUGAGAUAUUCCUCACAACUUCCCUCCUUUGUUAAAGAAGGUAUUUCGGAGGAGAUUGAAAAUUGGAAGAAGGACAUUAUUGAUGGAUUUAAGAAAACACUUGAAAUGUUGUUGAAUGAAAAGAGCCUUUCUUUUCUUUCAUCCGAACAACAACAACAAGAAGAAGAGGCUUCUUCGUUGUCUGCUGUUGAAUCAAUGAUCCAUCCCAAAUGGUUUCAUACAUUAAAUUCAACCAUCAGACUAUUCAAUCGAUACAGUACGAACUUGGCAUAUCCAUUAAGUCUUCAAGAUCGAGUGAUUCUCUUUGAAACUCUCCUUCCGAUUAUUAUUGACAAACAACUUGACUCGUAUAUGGAAUUACAAAUGAAAUUAGCCAAUGCCAUGCUCUUUCUGAUGAAAAACAAGUAUCACAAAUUGAUUCAUCAAUCCAUCAAGCCUAUUACUUGUUGGAGAAGAUUUUAUGAAAUGUUACGAACUAAUUAUUUUCCAAAGAAUCGAAAUAUUGCUUAUAAUCCAUCUGAAAAUUUCGGAAAGACUAUUGUCAAAUUGGUUUGCAAAUUGAGAAAUAAUUUUAGCGUAGAAACGACGGAAGAAGUCAUUUCGGAACUUAGUCCAAGUCUUUAUUUCAGUGAUUCUGAGUUUUUCGUCUCUCAAGCAUUCUUAUGUCUAUUCCUUCCUUCCAAUCCUGAAGUAUCCACAUUGACCAAUCAUUGGUUCACACAACUCUUGGCUAUGUGGGAUUGGAAUACAAACUCACCAUUCUAUGAUCUCAAUUUUGUGUCAUUGAUGUAUCGUCUUGCCAAAGAUCAAGCUGGAAGAAUUGAUUUUAAACCACAUUUGGAUCAAAUUUUCACUCGAAUGUUAAGAUCCAUGGAUUUGAAUAUUGGUUCUGCAGGUCUCUCCAGUAGCAGUGUUGCUUCAGGUGCUGCAUCGAAAUUAAUUAAUUCACAAAAAAUUUCAGGAGCGAUGGGAAAUGCAGCAGCCUCUGGAAUGUUGCAAGUCUUGAGUAGCUCUGGUGGUUCGACCUAUCACAGUUUUCCAAGCAAUAAUUGUUCCAUAUUUUGGAAAUUGAGUGAUUUACGUAAUUUACUCAUGCAAUACAAUGCACAAUUAUUGACAUGGCUCAUCACUCCAUCCUCACCAGAGACUUUGAUCUAUCUCAAGAGAUUAUUCCAAUCCAUUGAUCAAUACUAUUAUCCAAGUAAUAAUGGUGAAUGGUCAAGACCAUUGAGUAUUUUUAUUUCCGAGUUAUUCCGUUCCAUUGCGGCUCGAAUUACUUCUGAAAAAGAAGAAGGACACUCUUUAUCAGCAGAUGCAUCUUCAUCAACAACAACCACAUCAACAACAACAUACUCUUCCUACAAACUGGAUGAUGAAACCAUUGAAGAUAUCAUUCGAAUGGUCUUUCCUUCGUGUAAAAUGGCACUCUUCAGCAAGUCGGUCAAAGUCUCUAAAAAUGCCAUUCAAGCCAUUAAGCACAUUUGCUUUAUUCGACCAUCAGCCAUUGUGAAGGAGUUGUUUGACAUUGUGUUUCAUGCCUUACAGACUCUCACAGAGGUUCAUCAAAUUAGUGUUGCUCUCGAACUAUUGAAUACGAUUAUUAUUCCACUCUUGUAUCAUAAUAUUCCUGAAGUGAAGGAUUAUAUGGCUGAUUUGUUGAAUAUGGCACUACUUGGAAUUGAUACCAAUGAUCAACAAAAGACAUCUCUCACCAUUUCAUUCCUUAAUACUUUAUUUUCUGUGGUACCUGUCAUUUCUAGUAGUGGUAGUAGUAGUAAUGGUCAUAGACACAUCCAGGAUCGAGAAGGAAUGCCCUAUGUCAUUGAAUUAUUCCCAGAUUUCGUAUCGGAAUUUAUUCGAAGAAUUUUGCAUGUGAUGGGAGAAUUGGUUCACAGCAAACAAUCUGAACAUGAAAUCUCCAAGAAAGAGAAGAAGGAGGUCUAUAUUCACCUAUCAAAAUCGAUUUCACUGUUCUUCCAACAACUCUCUCAAGACUUGCAUCAAAUUUGUGUGUUAAAAAUUAUUGAAUAUUUGACAAGUGAGUUUAAACCCAAUUCAGUGAAGCAUAUCGGUGAGAUUGCACAAGCUGCUGCCAUCUAUUUGGAUUCAAAGGAGAAUGGAGAAUCCUAUGAUCCACUUGGUAUGAUGAUUGAUGCAUUGGUUUCAAAGAUUUUAUACAAGAAUGAAUUGAGAGAUUUACACGAACAAGAAAUGGAUUACUAUGUACAUUUAUUAGCCAAAAUUGUUAAGUGUAAUGCUCUAGUUGGAAAACACUUGGAUUCAUUAUUGAGAGUGAUUCGCUUGAUUUGGGACAAUGAAUCGAAGGCUAUUGUGAAAUCGUGUGGAAAACUUUUGAAGAAUGUGUUACAAAGUUUAACACAGGUCUAUCUUGUCGAGAAGCGAAGUGCUCCACCAAAAGAAUGGUUCAGUGAAGAAUUCCAAAAUAAUCAUUUCAACUAUUGGGGUAAAUUGUAUGAUUCUACCAAUGUUGAUGCUCAAUGGCAUGUUCCAAAUGAUCAAGAAAUUGAAAAGGCCACACAACUCUACAAUGAAUUUGUAAAAGGACCAGUUCUAACCGUCAAAAACGCUACAUCCAUGCUCAUCUCCUUUAAAAACAAUCAAGAACCAAAUGAAGUGGUUACGAGAGAUGAAUUACUCCAUGCUCUGAUGAAAUUUAAAUACAUUCUCAAGGGAAGUUCUCUCAUGCUCGAUGAAAUUAGACAAAAUGAGAAGACUGAAUUUACCAAAAAACUUGUGAAUCAUUUUUCGAAUAAGAGUGCUGGUUGUAUUGUUAUUUCGGAUGAAAAAUUAGUCAUGAAUCGAGAAGGACUACUCAACACUUUACAAACCUUAUUGAAAGAAAGUCUUGUUAUUGGAUUACCUUCAAAAGAGACACAAGAAGAGCAUUCAUUCAAAUCUAAAUCUUCAAUGAUGGGUGUUACCAUUGAUGUUCGAGUGUUAAUUGCUCUCACAAAGGCCAUUCACAUUUGUGCAGCUUUUAGAAGUUUAAGUUUCUCUAAAAUGUUGAACAUGACCAAAAUUUGGUCUCUAUUGAAAUUACACUUUUUCAAAAGUACGACAAAGAAAAAGUAUCCAAGAUGCUUCAUUUUGGAUCGAUGUCAAUUAUUGUUUACUUGGAGAGUUUUCCAGAGAACAAUUCCAUGUACAGAAAUUCAUCUCGAGACAUUGGAGAGUUUGCGUCAUCUUUCAACCGAUUCUGAAUAUUCCAAAGUGAGAACACGUGCUCAAACUGCCUUUAUUGGAAUUUUAAAACUAUUCAAUCACAAGGCAUUUGAAAAAUUCAUUCUCCCAAUUAUUGAUAUUUUGCCAAACAAGGACUCGACUCAUGCAAUGGUCAAUGGAUCCAUCUUUUUACUCGAAAAGAGUACUGUUGUUCGAAGAAUUACUGAUAGUUGGCAAUUAAUUUCUAAAUUAUUACCUUCCAUCUGUAAUUGCUAUCAUGUGGACAAAUCUUCCAUACAAAAGAGAAUCUAUGGUCUCUACAUGCAAUACAGUACUUCAUUCAAAGAAUUACCCAUCCAUAAUAAGACAGCAUUGAAAUAUUACAAUGACACAGUUUCAGCACUUGUCUCUAUUGCCUCAACUUUAUCACAAUCCUUUUAUUGGAAUUAUCAAUUAAUUACUGUCUCUUGUUUGAAUUUAUUAAUAAGAUCAGACAGUGUUGUAUUGUUACCAAUGGAAGCUGUGAAGUGUUUCAUGACCAAUCUUGUGAGUGAUCAUGUUCCUUUGAGACUUUUAUGCAUGAAGGCUUUAGAUUUUAUUUUUACACAAUACAAACCUAUUCAACCUCGUCAAGUCAUUACAGACAAGGAACUUGUCAAGUCGAUCAUUUUUCACUCUUCAGAGGUACCAACAAGUCAAGAAGAAUUUGAAAAGACUCAAUUUGUUGACAAGUAUUAUGUUGGAUGGAAUGGACUUCCAAAUAAGGUUAUUGUUUAUGAUUAUUCCAAAGAGAGAUUAUUCAGAGAAGAAGCAUUGGAAUUACAACAAGUAAUUUCUUCAAUCAUGCUUCAACCAAAUUAUCUCACAAAAUUGUUCAUGUACUUUUCUGAAGAAACAAAUACUCAAAAUAAUGGAAGAUCUUUCACUAAAAAGAAUGCUCAAAUGUUUAAAGGACUCUUCCAAUUAAUGGGUAUUCAAGCUUUGGAGUUGUUAAAACCUUUUAUUGAGGAUUUAUUGUCCGUUUCAGGAAGUGGAGCUCCAGAAGAACAUUCUAAAAUAUGUCUUGUAGCAGAAAUAUUUGGUGGUUUGUCAAGAGCAACAAAACAUUGGAAGUUUAAUGACAAACAGAAUGCUUUAGAGUAUUUAUUGCAACAAAUUUCACACACGAUUGACUCUUGUUCUCCUCAAGCGGUUGAUUCUGGUCUAAGAUCUGCUUUUCACUAUGCCAUGUUUGAUAGUGAUGGAAGAAGAACAAGACCAAUUAUUAACUUUUUAAUAGAAAAGACAAAUUUAGAUUCUGGAAUUGUAUCGGUCCAACUGAAAGUAUUACAACUUGUGUUCUUUACUUUGGUUGAACUGGAUUGGAGAGAUACAAAGAUAUUAGAGAAAUUUAUUGAAGAAAAGCUAUUGAACCAUCUCGCAUAUCCAUAUCAACAAAUUAGAGAAUUGAUUUCAAGAAAUUUAUCACUCAUUUUCCUCAAAUCAUGGAAUCCUUUAAGAGAUGAAAAUGGUUUACCAAAACUCAUCAAGUCUUCUCAAGUUAAUCCAAUAUUAUCUCAACUCUUGAAGAAUGACAACGCUUUGACAUUAUCACAAAAUUUAUUUGUGGAUGAAAGUGGAGCAUUGAAAUUCCCACCUUUCUUAUUCAGUCUUUCCAAUCUUGAUCUCAAUCAAUCAGAAUUUAUUCAAAAGACCAUGAUUCCAAAACUUCAUACUGACUUUGAAAAACUUUAUUCAGAGUAUAACAAACAAAAGUCACUUCUUGAUCAAUCUGAAACAUCAACCAUUCAAAAAACCAAAUUAUCACCAGAAGAAAUUGCUUUCAAGUCAUUCUGUAAGACUGUUGUAGAACUUAUGGGUGCUUCUUUGAUGUUUGGAGUUAAUGUCACUUUAUCAUAUUUCUCAUCUCUUUUACCUCUUGUGUUGCAAUGUUUCACUUCCUCAAAUGAUACAGAUAUUGCAAUCAUUAGUGCAGGCGUUAUUGCUAGAGUGGGAUCAUAUUUAUUACCACAACACACCAUCAAAGAUUUGUUGUAUUCCAUUCUCUUUUUACAAAAACAAUUAAUGAUUCAUCAAACAAGUGUCUCUACGCGAAGAGUACGCUUGGCAAUAUGUUUUUUCCUUCAAAGAUUUGCAUUUAAGCAUCAAUUCUAUAUUAUUGGUACAGAAGUGGAGGAUGACUUUUAUAAUCAUUUACUAUUCCUUUUGAAAGACAAAUUUGUUGAAGUUCGGGAUAUUGCUUGCAAUACAUUGGCUGGAUUUAUCAAAAUCGCUCCAGAUGCAAGAGUUAACAGAAUCAUUGAUCACUUUGUUGAGGAGAGCAAACAGCAUUUUGCCCACAAAAAGUCAGGCACACCUGAAAGAAUUUCAAAAUUGGAUGCCAAUAAUAUCGCCAUAGGUUUGAGUGCCAUUGUAAAAGCCUAUCCAUAUUCUCUUCCAUCAUUCAUACCGUCUGUAUUGGUAACUCUCUCUAAAUUCAGUUCCUACCAGAAAUCAGAAAAUGAGAAUGUGGAUGUGCAAUUUCUAACAGAAACCAUCAAGAACACAUUCACGCAAUUCCACAAAACACAUCACGAACAAUGGGAAGAGUACAAAAAACAAUUUACUGAAGAUGAAUUGUACGCAGUGAAUCAAUUGUUGUACUCGCCAGUCUAUUAUGCUUAA